AUGGAGCCUGAUAAAGAUACCUAUAAGAUCAAGUGCAAUGGAAAUACUCUUUCUCCCAAAGAUUAUCAUCAAGAUGACAUAAAUCCAUCUUGUAGAUACUGCCCACAAAACAGAAAUGAAUUCAACACAACUUUGAAGAAUUUGUUAACUGAUUUAAGAGACAUCACAAGAAAACAGACUUUAUCAAUGUCGGUAGCGACCGAGACCAUUGACCAAAUUAAAAAGAUAUCAGAUGAACUGAAAAAAUUGAGAAUUGAAAAUAUACCACCAGAUUGUACACUACAUUCAAAAUAUAAAUUUUCCAUAUCUGAUAGAGAAACCUUUGAUAAGCUUGAGGAAUAUCUUACUGAUUUUCAACAGUUUGGUUCAGCUGUAAGUACCAAUAUCAUGUCGUCCAGAUCACGAGAUAUACUUAAUAGGGCUUUGAGAAUAUCUGGUCUCGAAACUGAUGAUGAACAGACAACCCAUUCGAAAAAUGAUUCAAUUCAACAAAUCAAUCACACAACCAAGAAAGAAAAUACAAAUACUAUGCACAACAACGUAGUAUAUGAAAUAUUAGGCGAAACAGUCACAACCGGAGAUGAAAAUGUGGAAACCUUCAAUGGCAAGGUUAUAUACGAAAUUUUGGGAGAUACAAUAGUUUCAAGAUGUGGAGAUAUACCUAAUGUAGUUGCUGAGAAUACCGCAUCUUCUGAUGGUAUGAUCGAUAUUCAAAGCUGCGUGAUUAUGACAGACGAUGGUAUUAUGUUAGACGACGGUUUUCCAAAUCGAAUGGUCGAAUCAGUCAAUUUCCAGUUUGGCGAACAAACGGUACAACAUGCCACUCACCCAAAUUUCGAUGAAACUAAUAAAACAUCUACUCAUUCUGUGGAACCCGCAAAUGAAAAUAUCAUCGAAACAAAUGAAAUUUAUGAUAAUGAGUCAAGUAACCAUGUAAAUAGUCUUUGUAUUCCAGAAACUGUGAAUUCGGGAUGUGAUGAGAAUCUUGAUUCUAAUCUUCCUUCAUCAGAUGAACCAAUGAAUAUAGAACAAGAAUCAGAUAACGAUAAUGAUACUAUGAAUGACAUUACUUACGUACCAACAGCUGAUGAAAUGAAUGAGAUUGAUGAAGAGCACAUGAAUGCAUCUUCAUCAGAUGAAAACAAUGAGGUACAGAAGAAACAAGUUGAGAAUGAUACAAGAAUGCGUAGAAGAAAUUCUUCACAAUGGAAAAAAUCAGUAGCAAAAAUGGAGAAGAACCUUGGAAACGAAUAUCAGAAUCGUACCGGAAAAAUAUUUCCUAAGAAGAAUGUUAAAUUCACAGAUUGUUCCAAGUGUAAAUUAAAAUGUAAUUCUAAGAUUAAUCUACAAGAUUUGAAGAAUAUUCAUGAGAGCUAUUGGAAAACUGGAUCAUACGAAAGGCAAAGAGAUUUUAUAUGCAAGCACGUGAAGAUAAGUUCAGUGGUCAGAAGACGGAAGGAUACAAACUCUACAAAUUCUAGAAGAAAUAAUACUUAUAGGUAUUAUUUUCCUGGAGAUAAUCAGGUAUGUAAAAAAACAUUCCUCAGAUGUUUGAAUAUAUCCGAUAAAACAGUACGACUUGCCAAAAUGAAAGAAAUGGGUGGCUCGUCAAUGGUUUCGAAAGAUAUGAGAGGGAAACAUUCACCGAAAAAUAAAACUUCUGAUGCUAGAAGAACUGUUGUUAAAAAACACAUUGAAUCGUUUCCUGUCAUGGAAAGCCACUAUUGUCGUUCUAAAACGAAAAGGAAAUAUAUCUCAUCUGAGCUGAAUAUAACUAAAAUGUAUGAAUUGUAUGUUGAAAAAUGUGAUGAGGAGAAUGUACUUGAUCCCGUCUCAUCAGCAGUGUAUAGAAAAAUAUUCUGUUCGGAAUAUAAUCUAGGAUUCCAUAGACCAAAAAAGGAUAGUUGUGCUACAUGUGAGAAAUAUAAACAAGUUGAAAAUGAGAAAAAGCAGGAAAUGAAGGAAGAGUAUGACAGGCACAUUAAGAAUAAAGAAGUGGCACGUAAGAAGAAAGAAAGUGAUAAGAAGAGGUCAGAAACUGAUAUAAGCUUCAAGUCAGUCACAUUCGAUUUGCAGUCAGUUUUGUAUACACCCUGCUCUGAAGUCUCUCAUUAUUAUUAUGCAUUGAAAUUCUGCUCAUACAAUUUGUGUGUUUAUGAUCAAGCCAGCAAGGAUGGAUUUUCAUAUUUUUGGACAGAAACAGAUGGCAAAAGAGGAUCAGAUGAAAUAGGAACAGCCCUUUUCAUGUAUUUCAAAUCACUUCCUGAAUCAGUUAAGCACGUUUCCUUGUAUUCAGACUCAUGUGGAGGUCAAAAUCGCAACCGCUUCAUUGCCUCGUUACUAUUGUACGUUGUAAGAGUCUUUCCGAUUGAAGUUAUCACCCAAAAUUUCUUAGAAACUGGCCAUACUGAUAUGGAAGUAGAUUCAAUGCAUAGUGCCAUCGAAUGUAACAAAAAGCAUCAGAGAAUUUAUACCCCACAUGAAUGGUCAAUUAUAAUCAGGACCGCACAGCGAAAGCAACCUUACAACGUUCAAGAGCUAUCCUACACCGACAUUUUGGAUUUGAAAGCAUUGAAGAGUUCUUUGACUAGCCAAAAAAUGUCUGAGGAUCAAGAAGGGAAUAUUAUUAACUGGAUGAACAUCAAGGAGCUACAGUUCAGAAAAACUUGCCCGCAAACAAUUUUUGUUAAAGAUGAUCAUUCCCAGGAGAACUAUAGUGAAAUGCCCAUCGUUCCACCAAAGACCAAAAGAAAAAUUCAUUCGGAGCCAGAAUUGAAGAAGAAGUAUAAUAAACCUAUACCUAUAUCUGAGAAGAAGAAGAAGAGCCUGGUGAACCUUUGUAGAGUAGAUGCAAUGCCUGCUAUGUACCAUAAUUUCUAUAGAUGUCUGCCAUCUAGUUCCAACGUUAUCGAUAGAGUUCCAGAACCUGACCAUGAAGACACCUGA